AUGCCGUUAUCGGCAGGCGGCGGAUGCACAUUCCCCGCCGACUGGACGGGUAGCUGGUUCCAAUCCGGCAACCCCGGUCUCAUCGCGAUCAACUCUACACACAUACAGUCCAAGGGCGAGUGCUACGAGAGCGAGUCCUACGACAAGUUUCUGCUCUACGACAGACGAGAGGAGUGCUACAGAUGCAUGGUGAUCUUAGAGAAACAUAAAUAUGUUCUGCAGUAUAAAGAAACGUUCUGCUCGGAGAAGGACUCCAUGUCGUCGAUAUGCGAGUCAAUAAGCGGGGAUGCCCCCCUGUACUCGAUGUUCCGCAAGGAGCCGCGACCGGUGCCGCAGCCGUGCCCCUUUCAUCCAGCGCCGUUCACCUUCACUUACAGCCGGGGCUCCGGGGACUGCGCCAAUCCGCCUUCGCGGGCGGAGUCAUGCACAGAUGACUCCCGCCUUCUGCUGAGGUACAUGGCCUGCCCCGACGUGCCUGGGACUGAAAGCAACGUCGAAGAACUAGUGUGCUUGGCGACCUGGAAGGAGGGCUCGACGAGGUACCUGGUGGGCCAGAUCUCCCAGGUCCAGAGGAGAAACUCAAUAGCAUCCGAUGAAGAUACGUACAGAUGCUUCAUCUACAAAGGCCAGCACAGCGACAAGAGCAUGACGUACAACAUAGCCCAGUCAGGCGACGCUACGUGCAAUGGUCUCUCCUCCCCAACCGACGGAAGUCGAAUCAUGAAACUUACUAACAGCGACGACGAGCACAACCGCUGCCACUUCCCCGGCUGGAUCGUGGAGCACCACAAGUGGUUCAGCCUCGACCACACGCACCAAUACCACUUCACCACGAAGAACGCCACCCUCAAGAUAAUGGACGAGAAAGGUUCCUCCGAAGAGAAGAGGCUAGUGUGCCACUCCAUUCUGGAGCAGAAGGACAAGAAGCACAUAAAGUUGGUGGCCCACGUCACCAGGGGAUGCGAGUCGGGCCACGUGUGCCUGACGUUCCACCGGCGCGGGGGCACCGUGCUGGAGCUGCAGCAGGGCGUCGGGCUCUGGGACUCGCCGCAGGACGCCUGCGCGGACGACUCGCCGCAGCCCUACGUCACGCUCAUCACGACUUCUCUCACGCCGAUGCGUUGCCCGAACAUCGGCCGGUACUCCGUAGUGAGCUCUUUGGCCGACAGCCGAAGGAGGAGGCAGCAGGACACUAUAGGCGAGGGGGAGGGCGGUGUGGGGGAGGCGGAGUGCGUUUCGGGGCAGUACGAUAGCGCGAGCGUCGGCUGCGGCGCCGCCCAGGACACGAUCGAGUUCAAGUCGCACUGCACCGCCCAAGCGUACACUUGCCACGGCAGCUGGACUGAGGGGGCCCUGGGCUUCGUCAUCGCAUCGCCGGUGGCGCGCUCUUCCUCACACCCGCGUACCUUCUGCUUCAUGUACACGCAACGGCCACACAACGACACACGCGGCUCCACGCUGUCGCUAAGCGCGGUGGCCCAUUCGUGCGAUCGGAGAGUAGUUCCGGGCCGCGCCGGCGACAAGGCCUACAACCUCACCCGUAACGGUACGUGCGAGCAGAGCAGCAAGUACAAUAGCGUGGCGCACCGGUUCGCCCCCUCGGCGGGCGCGCUGGCGCUCACGCUGGCGGCCGCGCUCCUCGCCCCCCCGGGGGGCGGCCCGCUCGCCCGCAGG